ACGGGUGGAGAAGAGAACAACACGGUUGUGACACAGAAUACGACAUUACUGCAACGGUUGUUUCAAGAGGCCAAGAGAGCCCCGUAAAGAAGGCAGGUCCAACCAUGGGAAAGUCACUCUUUUCCCUGCCAAAACAAAAUGAGGAUCAGAAGAGCCUGACCGAAGACUCUGAGUCUCACACGGAGGACGAUAAACAUGAUGUGUCACAGUUUCCAUAUGUUGAAUUCACAGGCAGGGACAGUGUCACCUGUCAAACUUGUCAAGGGACAGGGAGGAUACCAAGAGACCAAGAAAACCAGCUGGUUGCAUUGAUACCAUACAGUGACCAAAGACUGAAGCCAAGACGAACGACGCUGUAUGUGUUCGUGUCAGUCUUUGUGUGUUUGCUGCUUUCCGGUCUGGCCGUGUUCUUCCUGUUCCCCCGGACAAUUGAUGUCUCCUACGUUGGCGUGAAGUCAGCCUACGUAACUUAUGAUAGAGACCAACGAAUAAUCUACUUAAAUAUCACGAAUACUUUAAACAUCACCAACAAUAAUUACUACCCGAUACAUGUGGCCAACAUCACAGCACAGGUGCAGUUCUACAAGACUGUCAUCGGAAAGUCUCUCAUCAGUAAUAUCACCACUAUUAUCCCGCUGGAUAUGCGACAGAUUGAUUACACUGUUCCCACCAUCAUAGCCAAUGAGAUGAACUACAUAUUUGACUACUGUACCAUGCCGUCAAUAAAAGUGCAUAACAUUGUUGUCAUGAUGCAGAUGACUGUAACCACUGUGUACUUUGGCCACGCUGAGCAGAUUUCGCAGGAAAAGUACCUGUACGUGGACUGUGGCUCAAACACAACCUUCUCUCGUGGACCAAUGAGUGUUAUACAGUGAUGCUCUUCUCCAUGACUUCUCAUGUGUUGGUACAGAAUCGACCUGCUAUGUCCUUAGCAUUAACUGUGGCAGAAGAUGGCAAUAUCUGCAUUGAUCAGAGCAACUUAAAACCAGAGAGUGGAUGAUUAUUUCACUGUUAUUAUUCUUUAGAGCCACACUGAAGGAUUUGUUUGGAUAGCUAGAUGCACUUUGGUUUAUUUUAGAAUAUAGGAUGGAGGCAAGCAACAGGAUAUUCAUAUGGGGGUAUUUACACUUGGUCAUUUCAUACCGAUUUGCUGAUUUGAUUGCUAUCUGUAAAUAAGUGUAAAUGCCCUCCAAGAUGGAUAUAAAUCUGAUCACUCAAAAUGCAUUCUAUUCAAAACUCGGUCAACUGUAAAUAAAUCUGGCUGUUCAAGCCACAUUUGUAAACUUCAAUCCGCUCAAACAGUGCUACAACAGCAUAGGGAAAAUGUGAAACAUAACAGAUGUUACCGAGUAUUUACAUAAGGCUUGCGUCGCACUAUAAAUAAUAACAAAUUAAGGGUGUGAACUAACUAAGACUGCUGUUAGAUUCAGAGACAGAACAUUUUUUCUUCAUUUAUUUGAUGCAGAUCGCUGAAGAAACUCAAACUAAACACAGACAAAAAGUGCCACUGACGCGCAUGGACAUAUCUUAACUACAUCAAGCCCAGAGGGAAAAAAUACACAGUGCAUACACACAGAUACCCUUGUGCGGGGCAAAUUCACUUCAUCACAUCUUUUAAAUUCACUGCUCUGCAUUUGCAUAAUCACUAAAGUGAACACCGUUUUAUUUGCAUUUAGCGCAGGAACUAAUGAUCGGAUUUACAGUAUAUCUGUUUGGCGGAGACACGUUUAUGUGUCCAAGUGUAAACGAAAUGUGCUUAUUCAACCGGACAGCAAUUUGAUCAGAAAAAAUGCAUGUAGCGACCAAGUGGAAACACCACCUUUUGGGCUGCAAACACAUGAUUCACUUGGACUCCUUUAAUAUUUUGUGUUUGUUUAUCUUUCUUUUUUGUUUGUUUGUUCAUGUGAAUGUUGUAGGUUUAAACAGUAUGCUGUGAUUUUUAAUGCAUUAAAGGGAUGGUUCACUAAAAAGUAAAAAAUCUGGAAUUAUCUACUCACCUUUGAUGUUCUUCAAAACCUGUAUGACUUUCUUUCUUCUGUGGAAUGUAAAAGGAAGUUUUAGGCUGAAUCUUAGAGACUCACAGUUUUAGUUCCCAUUGACUGUCAUUGGAUGGGAAAGAUCAGUCAAUUUUCUUAAAAUAUUUUCCUUUUGAAUUCCAUGGAUGCAAUUAAAACAGCUUACUGGUUUGGAACGACAUGAGGGUGAGUAAAUGAUGACAGAAUUUUCAGUCAUGCACAUAUUCUAUUAUUCACCUUUUAAAAGUGAGUAUUUAGUGGAUGUAGUGUUUUUUUAUGAUGUGAAGUUGCUUGGCAACUUAGGCUCCAGCAUUUAGGAGGUCACAGGGUUAUGAGAAUUUCACUUAGAUUCAUUUUGGGGAUUUCUUUAGCCUCCCAAAUGGUGUCUUUGUUUUGAUGAAGCUGAAGUAUGUAACAUUUGCUGUUUUAAAAUACUUUCUCCUAUCCGCUUAAUAUGCAGAAACAACUUUAAUUAAGCCAUUCAUAGGUUCAUUUUCUCUAAAACAGUAAACACUUGGUCUCUGUGGUGCUAUGAAAAUCCUGUUUAUUUUGAGCGACCCGUUACAAACACAGUGACAUUGACUCGACCAAUGGUGUGAGUUUGGAGUGGGACUAUCUCUUCAUUUGAUCGAUGGCUGUUAUUCGGAAAGCUGAAAACAAAGUUAAUUUUUGCUAUUCCAUUUGGUGGCGCAGAAAUUAUAUACUUCGGCUUUAAAUCUUCUUUAAAUCUAUAAAGGAAUUCUGUUCAAAGGGGAUGUCUAAAAGAAGGUCUGUGUGAUUAACAAUGGUAGAAUGAUGUACCACACGUUUCUAAAUUAGGAAAAGACACUGUGAAUCCUAAUCCCACACCUACUUUUUUUAAAGUGGGUAAUUCUUACACCAGUACCAAACUGAACACGGAUCAUGUGACGUAAUUAAAUAAAAAAAUAUUUUUUUUACUCUUUAGUGGAACUGAGAAAUACCAUAUUAGGGAAAUGAAUACCCUGAUAUCAGCCUCAGUCCAAACAAAAUUAAAAAGGGGGAAUGGAAAAAGAAAUUGUGGGGGAAAAAAAUGAUUUGAAAGAAGUUUUGUAUUAAGAAAUGACCGUUUUUUUUAUUGAGAUCAAUGCUUUUUUUUUGAUGUAGUUUGCAAGGGCAACCUGUUGCUUUGCAAGAAAUUCUCUUUAUUGUAAUUUUGUCCCUCAUGCUUCUUGGGUCACUGGAUACCCACCAUAUUUUUUUCCCUUGACUUUGAAGAUUACAAUGUAAAACUUAGAUGUUUUUCUUUCACUUUUAAUUGUACUUUGCUUGUUUAUGUUGGAAUUGGUCUUUAACAUUAUUUCUUUUGAAUGGAUUAAAAUUGUAAGAUGAAACAAUAAAACUG